AUGGCUAAUUAUAACCGCGAAGACGACAACAUGAGCAACCACGACACGAUAAUGGGCAACGCGCCCCUCACACCACGCGACGAGCCCGAACUCACAUCCCCCAUGGUCGACUUCUCGCCAUUCACUGUACAAUACGACGAGGCGUUUGAGAACAGUCUUAUGGAAAUCAUACUUAACCCACCACCCCAGCCCUCGCCGCGAAAGCCUUCAGACGAGAUUCCCACAAUCUCCGCGUCGCAACUGCCCAUCUCGCUCUCCUCCCACCUACGUACACAUCCUUCCGCCGUGCCGGGGCUUUACAUGACGCACCAAAACGGAUAUCAUACAGGUGGUCCAGGGCCAUCACCACACACUAUUGAAGAAUUCGCGGACCGCUUCAUCAGAGAGCAUGGCAUCGAGGAUGCGGGGCAGCUGGAGAGGGUGGUGGAAGAUGUUGUGAGGCACAAGCUGGAGGAGGCUAAGCAGAGGAUGGAGAAGAGGAAAGAGCUUGUAGAGAAGAACAGAGGGAUUGAGAGGGAGUUGGAAGAUCUGAGGCUGCAGAGAAGCGCCGAGUUGAGGGUCAUGGAGAGGGUCAAGGGGAAGAGGAGAUGA